AUGAUCUCCAUCGCUGCCCAGAUCCAACACCUCGCAUGCGCCUGUCUAUCCACAGGAUGGGAUAACUUCCAGACAGCACACCGCGCCAUCCUCCCGGAAGAAUGGCAACGCCGCUGUGAGCCGUUUUCAUGGAUCGAGGAGUUCCGUGUCCACCGUGCUCUAUGGCAGCUCCGGAUCUACUCCGACCUCUGGAAUAUAGCCGCAGAGAAAAAGAGUCCAGUGCCGGAUCCUUAUCCCUCAGCCUGCACCAGCCUCAGGAAAUGGACUUGGUCACCCUCCGAAGCCGACAAAAUCACAACCCUGGCCAUCUUCGACCUGUCACCCGUCCAAUCUUACGAGAUCCACACCGUCGCAGAUCUCCUGAGGCAGUUAGGUGUGCCUUCGCUCUGCGAUGACGAAACCCCUACAAUCGAUGGCACAGGUAGUGGUAGUAGCCACCUCAUACCACCACCACUACCCCUCUUUGCCUCUCUGCAUGUUCCCGACAUGAAUAUCACACGAUACUUGACGUGGCCAUCACCAACCACCCCCGAGGAGACAGCGCUGAAUUUCCACUGGGGCCGAUCGCCUGAUUGUACCAGCGGCGCGUCCAAACAGGCCACGUACUAUGGCACCAUGCAGAUGGACUUGGCCUUCCCACCUGGCCUUCACCCCACGGGUCUAGAUGAUAUACAGCCGUUCUACAGACUGGGGGUGUUUGUUUGGGAUACGUGGCGGAUGUACCUGAUGGGGUGUUUGAGCAUGGGGCGUCCGCCAUGGAUAAAAGAGAUGAUUCAGACGCCGGAUGGGAGCUAUGUCUGUUCUCUGCAUGUGGGCAUGAUGGUUUUGGAGAAGAGGUGGUGUGCGCUUGUAGGGAGGAAGACGGGCGGGUCGAAGUGGAGGCGGGAGUGUAUGGAAGUGACUAGGCUUUUCUAG